AUGAUCGGAACCCUAACACUCAGCGAUUCCCCGUCAAAUUUCUCAUGCAACUCCGCUGACUUUUGCAAGUCAUGGAAUUCUCUAAUCUCAAAUGAUCCUGAUUUUGCUAAGAAACACCUUCGUAAGUCACCAACCAAACGCCACCUCUUUUUCACAAGCAAAUGGGUCCCCAUAAAUCACUUUACCUUAACGUCUUACCCACUCGACUCUCUUCAUCUCGACGCUAUUUUCACCUCUAAUCCCACACAACUCGAUUACUCUCUCAUUGAUCCUAAACACUACGAUGCUCUCAUCGCUUCCUGUGAUGGUCUCUUUUGUUUCGCUAUUAAUAACACUCUUGCAGCUCUUUGGAACCCUACGAUUAGAAAAGUCAAGGAAUUACCCUCUUUAGAUAUUCCACCUCAACGUGGUAGAACUAUAUAUGCAUUUGGUUAUGAUCCUUUUAUCCAUCGUUACAAGGCUGUUUCUGCUGUCUCACCAAAUGGUAUAUUAGUUCCGUUAGUUGCAGGAAGUGCAGAUGUAGUAGGUGAAAUAAAUCGCACACAAGCCAUUGUUUCUCUUCAUUUGGGGAAAGAGUCUUAUCAAGAGAUUUCACAGCCUGAUUAUGGAAUGCCAAGUAACUUGACGUUGGGUAUCAUGAAGGAUUGUUUGUGUGUAUUUUCUUGCUCUGACUCAUUGAUUGAUGUUUGGCUUAUGAAGGAAUACGGUAAUAAAGAAUCUUGGAUUAAAUUGAUCCAUCUUCCUUUUUCUUCUUCCCUUGGUCUUUAUUGUCAGGAUCCUAAGAUGGUAUACAUUUCUGAGGAUGACAACAAUGUGCUGCUCUUGUUUAGAGAGUUUUCUAAAUUGAAGUGGGUUGUUUACGAUCGCAAAUAUCACACUACAAGGACUAUCAAGAUUGAAGACUUCAGUUGGGUAAACUCAAAGCUCUACGUUGAGAGUUUGGUAUCACCUUAG